AUGAACAAUUUAUACGCUGAAUGUGGGUUGCUUCUCUUAUGGGGAGUGUUCCAGUCCAUGGAAGGAGCUGGAAAAGGAAAAUGCCCCGCUCCCCCUACAAUUGAUUCUGCGGAAUAUUUUGCUGAGUGGUAUGCCUUGGGCACACGUGUGCGUUACAAAUGUGAGGAAGGCUACGAUCGGAUUCCAGGAAGAACCAACCGCCUUACAUGUGGGAAUACAUCUGGUCGUGCAAUGUGGAUCCCCCACCGAAAUGGUCCCCCAACUUGCAUAGUUCAUUCUACAUUGACUCAUCCCUCUUCAGAACAGCUUCCAACCGAAAAAUGGGGUGAUGAUUCCGCCAGCCCCAAAACCACAGCCUGGCCCCACCCAGUUAAGAAAGAUUUCUGCAGAGCUCCACAGCCCAUCGAACAUGCCGCAAUGGAAGUGACAGACUAUUACGUGGGGCAGGAAUUGAAAUACAAAUGCCUGGACGACAACGGAACACGGCCCGCCCUCUACGGAGUCAGCACCUGUGAGAAUGACAAUGAGAAAGUCGUUUGGUCCGCCUUAACCCUACAGUGUACAAAUAACACAGGAGCAACCACACAGCCUCUCAACACAAGAGCACCUGCACAGCCUCCCAACACAGGAACAACCAAACAUUAUCUCAGUGCAGUUGCUUUCUCUAUUGCUGUCAUGGCUACGAUCGUCAUUUUCUAAGCAAUCAUCCUAAAGAAUCCAUCGUUGACCGUAGGAGGAAGGAAGUACAACAUUAAACGCCACAACAGAUGUUCACCGCUCUCACAUGAAACCUUCAAGGGGGCAGCCAGAACCAUAACAUUCUUGCAGUGAGCAACAUGGUUCUUUCUGCUUCUUUUUCAGUCUGCUGCACACCACCAGUCUGUCCUUUCUUUCCUGCCAACGCAGACACCUGGCUUCCACUGCUCCCUGGCUAAUAGGGAGAAUAUGGACUUUACCAUGGAGGGAUAAAAUCCCACAUCCUAACUGGAACUUCUGCUUCUGCUUCCAGAUUCUUUGCAGGAUUAAGUUCGGCUUCUUUACACGUGCUGUUUUAUUUCUCAGCAAGUUCUAUAUGUUUCAUUUUACAGCCACUAGAUGGCUCUGCUCUUGUAGCACCAUUACAGAAGCACACCCAGCAAGUAAAGACUUUCCCCCAUGCUUUGCAAUGGCAGGAUAAAGGCCAUGAACUGUGGGAGGGACCCUGGAGAUUGAUGACAUCAUGUAAAGGACCCGCAAACUUCUGAGAGUAGCCUACCUUCAUCACACAACAUAAGCCCUGUGGGGACAAGCCCUAAGAAUGAAUCAUCUCUGCCCAUCAUCUAUACUCCAACUAGCAGCAGCACUCAGAAAAAAAAAAGCUUUAGGUCCUUCUCUGGGAUCCCCCAUGAAAGGAAAUGAGGUGGGUAGCUACUAAGAAGACGGCAUUUUCUGUCGUACCACCCUGGUUGUCAAAUCAGCUUCCCAGGGAGACUCGCCUGCACCAACAUUCUGCUCUUUUCAGCACCAGAUAAAGACCUUUUUGCUUUCUACUUAUUUUAGUUUUAAUUUUUUUCAGUUUCUAUUUUAAAUUUGGUAUCGUAUUUGAAAUCUUUGUACCGUGGCUAGGUUCUAUUUGGUUAGUCUUCUUAUUCUUUCAUACUGUAAUUUUAAACAUUUAUAGAUUGUAUUUUAUCGUCUUAUAUUUUAUGGCUUUAAUUGUUGUAAGCUUUGGCUAUUGGGUGAUAUAAAAAAUGAAUAACUAGAUAGAUAAAUAAAUAUAAACAGCUUGUAUUAACCUCUAAAGCAGGGGUGAGGAACAUAUUACACACACACACACACACACACACACACACACAGAUGUUUUGGGGUUGCAAUUCUCCAUCCCUGGUCUUAAUGGCCUAGGAACAGGUUAACGUGUUCAGAGGAGGGC